AUGACCCGCUGCCCGUACAAUGCGCUGGCAAUUGCCGACGACGCGAUCAUCCUCGCGGCCGACGACAACUGCCCGCCAAGGUCGCCCGUCUGCUUGCUGAACAAGAAGUGCCGCCUCGUCAGCGACGACGGCAAAACGCUGCUGUCAACACUGGCAGCAGACCUGACUGCGCCACUCGUGCCCUACUACUCGUUCGCCGCAGUCGGCAACCUCGCCAACUACCCUAACGCGACGCUUGGUGUCGACUGCGCCGGCGGGUACCUCGAUCUCGGCACACUCCUCUUCCCAGCGACGCUCAAGUACGUGGAGUGUCGCCUCGUGUAG